AUGAUGCGAGAUUCUCGUCGGCGGAGCCCGACCGAGAGCUCCCGGCGACGGAGAAAAGAGCGUCGCAACUCGCGCGACAAGAUCGAACUCGUCUCCGCCCCUAGCGCCAGCGAGAGCGCGACCCGAAGCAUGGAGAUGCCAGGGCCCAUGCCCGGUAGCAUGCCAGAGGACCCCACGCCCCGGGUGACCGAGACAUCGCGCGUUCCGCCCGAGACGUCGUCUUCGCGAUCCUACCCACAGCCGCCGUCGCAGUCGCAGUACCAGUACAACUACCAGUAUCACGACCAGGCCCAGACACCGCAACCUCAGUACCAGUCUGCCUACCAACAGCCGCUGCCGCAACAGUCUCCGUACCAACAACAACAACAACAACUCCCACAGACGUACCAGCCCCAGCAGUCGUCGUUCCAGCAAUACCCCCAGCAGUACCAGCAGCAGUAUCCGCAAAAUCAGUAUUCCCAACAUCACCAGUCGCCUUCUCAAUACCCCGCACACCCACAAGCGCCUUACUAUGGCGAACCCGUGCAUUCGUAUCCCAAUGGACGUGCCCGGAACUCGGACAGCUCCUCCGACACAUCGUCCUCGCUGCUCAACGUCUCACGCCGGAGCCCAAAGUACGCCAAGGCAGGCAACGUCUUCACCUCAUUCUUCCGCAGCCCUUCCGAGCAGCGCCACCGCCGUCGUCAGAAGAAGAAGAACACGCGCUUCAUGUCCUUUGGCGCCAACUCGUCGUCCUCCUCUCUCGACUCGGACCUCGCCUAUGGACGUGGAUACAUCCCUCGCGAGGGCGGCAGCCUGGCGAGCGGCAGCCGUCGUGUGAGCCCUGGCCCAAACGGAAAGGCAAGCCAGUAUAGCCAGGGCGCCCGUCGGACACCCACCGCCGAGCUGCACCGUCCUCCUCUCUCUGUCCGUGGUGGCAAAGCUGAACAGGCCAAGACAGAUGAGGAGAUUCUCGCCAUCGGUCGCCAGCUCUCUGAUAUUGCGCGCAAGCAGAACGAGGCGGAUCUACGUGCUUCCGGCAAGGUGCGCCCUUCUACGCUGGUCGGCGCCGCCGCAGCUCUGAGUGCUUUCAGUCGUUCGAGGACCAAGGAUGGUUCUAAACGGGGCAUCGGCAGCUCCCGGCCUGGGCGGGACGACGAAGACUCUGACUGGGAGUCUGCGUCUGACGACGAUGACUCCUCGUCUAGCGACGAUGUCGACCCUGGACUCGUCUACGGCUCGACCGCCAACCUGCCUAGCUCACUGGGGGCACCAACCAGUCAGGCAGCGCAUGAUGGGAACCGGAACCAUGCUGUGGACCCUAGCCUUUUUGGACCCUACAACUCCCUCCGGGGCUCAGUGACGCCGAUCCCCUUUGCGCAGCCCUCUCAUGCCUACAGCUCUCCGCGCCACCAGUCUGAGGAGCCAAAGGCCAAUACCCCUUCGUCAUCGUCAAGGAUCGGCAAGCAGCCCAUGCAGCAUGUCUAUGCUAUCCCCACCUCGGAUCCGAACAACUUCGAUGUUGACCGCGGAUCGAUCAUCUCCUCUCGGCACACGGCAUCUCAGUCCUCACGCCCCCCUCCCGUGCCGCUACAGCAGCCCAUCCCCGUGGCCCCCGUCUCGUCCAAAGUCUAUGCAACCGAGAAGCUCGCGGACGAGGACCGCCGCAGGGAACUCCGCGGCGAACGUAGGCACACCGACGGUGGCAGCCUCGCCGGUGUCGCCGUUGCUGGCGUUGCGGCUGCGGCUAUAGGCGCAGCAGUGGCCUCGAGCCGGAAGGACUCUCGCGAUGUUCGUGACAGUCGCGACACCCGAGACCCUCGUGACCCUCGCGAUCCUCGAGAGUCGCGUGACUCUCGGGGCACCCGCGACUCGCGCGACUACCGUGAUUAUCCGCGUGAAGAUCGGCAUCAAGAGCGUCGCUUAGGCCGGAACGACUACCCGGAAAAGACAGAGCGUGACGAUUACGCUCGCGCCGAUAAGGACAGACGUCGCCGUUCCCACCGGGACAGUAAUGUCAAGGUAAUUGACGAGCGGGACCAGACGUCUUCUCGACGGGAAAAGGAUCCUUCCUACGACUCACAGCUCGCGAGAAGACACACUGCCCCCGUUGACCAACGUGACAAAUCCUAUAAGCUGCCCAAAGGAGACGAAAUCAGGGUUGAACUUGAUCAAGAGAAAGACCGUCGUUACCAGGACGAGCUUCGUCGAGCUCGGCGGGAAGAGCCUCCGGCUACCACCAAGGAGGAGCGACACAGGUCGAGACCUGAGCAACAACCGUUUCAGGUUGCCGACGAUGCCUUCGCGACGCCCAAGCACGCGACACCCACCAGGCCUUUGACACCCCAGGUCUUUACCAUUGACCGCGAACCCGAUUUUGGUGACUCCAAACCCCGGAGCGGUCCGUCCGAGGACGCGAGGCUGAGCCGAAAGGACUCGUUCGAGAUUGAGCAGCGCAUGGAGCUCAAUCGCAAGGGAUCUCGCUCUCGAUCCAGGACUCCGGAACCCCGACCCCGCCACGCCUACGAAGAAGAGGAGCAUGCCGCUAGGUCCAUUUACGAGGAGGCCAAGCAUGCAACGGCGCCUGUUGCCGUUGCCGCUCUUGCCUCGGCCAUCGCCAUCGAGCAGCAGCGCUCCCGCGAGCGACAUCGUGACGAUUACGACGAUGACGGAUCGCGCCGGCGGACCAGGGCUGACCGAGAUGUCGUUCAGGAGGAGGCCGACCGCUACUACCGCGAAUCUGUCAUAGCCCGCAAGAUUGCCGAAGAUGACCUUCGAUCGCGCAGCGCAUCCCCCCACGACAAGUCCAUCGUCGACAAGUGGCAGGAAGACAAAGAGCCAGCUACUAAGGAGAUCGCCAUCGUCACGCCGCCCGAGAUGGAUCACCCUCACGACAAGAGCCCUUACGACGCCCCAAAUGCCGAUGUCCGCAUCGACCAUGUCAUCAAACCCAAUGAGCUUUCAAGGUUCCGCGUGCCAGCUGACGAACUGUACGUCGACACGGCAACUGUCUGGAAGUCCCGCGAUCCGUCUUGCGAGCGGGAUCGUCCAUUGCUCAACCUCGUUCUCCCCACACCUCAUGUCACGCCAAGCCCCACUCCGAAUCCCGAGACGCAGAGUAGGGCCGCCCCGAGAGAGGCUGCAAAGCAGCAAAGCCAGUCCACCGAGCCAAGGUCUGCGCCACCAGAUAUCAUCAUCGGACCUCGUGGAGAGAUCAUCCAGACACCAUCUACUCCAAAGUCGGUCACCUGGGGUGAGAAUGAAACCAAACGCUUCGAGGUUGAGAGUCCUGAGCCGCCUGAGAAGAAAGGAGGUUCCCGCAUCAGCACCACCACUGGCUGGGGCGUUGUUGCCGCCGCUGUCGCCGGCAGCGUGGCAGCGAGUUCCGACGACAAGCCCUCAAGGAACGGCGAAGACAGAGGCCGCGGCUGCGAUGACUCGUCUCGAUCACGAACGUACGAGGCUGUCGAUGCGCGACCUUCCUGGGAUGAUACCGAUGCCCCUCCCAUCCCUGGACCGAAGCCCCGCAGCCCCAGUCCUAGCGGGCGUAAUCCGACUAUGCCGGGUGGCUUUGGCGACGAUGCGGAAUUCACCAGCAUCAUGGCUGCUGGUCUUCAAGACUCUGGAUUUGACCCAAAGAUUGUCACUCAGAACCCCGCCUACAGCAGGAAGAGCUGGGAUGAUUCGUCCAAGCCGAGGUCCGACGUCGGGACCAAGGGCCAAUCCUCUUGGGACGACAAGGACGCUUCCUGGGUCUCUGAGACGAAGAAGACGCGUAGUUCUAGUGCUGGUCCGCGACGCGCUCGUCCUUCUGGUGGCUAUGGCGACGAUGUCGAAUUUGCGUCAGUCUUGGCCGCUGGGCUGCAAGACACCGGCUUUGACCCGAACAUCGUCAUCGACGACCCCACCUACCGCAGGCGGGACAGCCCUCCCGGCUCCAACGAGCCCGGUUUGUAUCACAGGCCCUACGCGGAAACCGUGUCCGAUCUCGGGGUCGUGGCUGACGCGAUCCCCUGCGGCCCGCUCCCUGAGUCUGGCAUCGUCCUGGGUGAACUCACCGAGACCCCUGUCCAGGAGACCGCUCCAGCUGUUGACGGUUGGGAUACUCCUUCGAAGCUGUCGAAAAAGGACAAGAAGAAGCGUGACAAGGCUUCCAAGCGACAGAGCACGGACACUUUCGACGAGCCUCUUCCUGCAUCCGAGCCAGCACCCGCUGAUGACCUUUCGCGUGACAUCGUUCCCGAAUCCAUCUCUGAGCCUGUCGCAGAACAGGAGGACUUGUCCAAGCUCAGCAAGAAAGAACGGAAGAAGCGCGAAAAGGCCCUGGCUAAGGAAGUUGUCAUUGUCCAGGAUGACGUCCCCUCGCCAGCUCCCGAGACCGACCUGCCGGCCACCCAGCCUGCAGACGUGGCCGCUGAAGACGAGUGGGCUGCGCCGUCAUCGUCAUCCAAGAAGAAGAAAAAGAAGGGAAAGAAGUCUACGGAUACACCAGACGAGACGGAGGACCAGCGCGUGGCUGUCCCUGUUGACGCCUUUCAGGACUUGCAAUCAACUACGCGCGAGGCCGAGCCCGUGCUGGACGAGUUUGAUACACCCAAGAAGUCCAAGAAGAAGUCGAAGCGGGAUUCCCUCAUCUAUGACUCACCUUCCGGGGCAGUCUCUGAGGUCUCUGUCGGUGGCACUCGGACCAAGAAGUACCACAAGCGCGACUCUACGGUCUACGACUCGCCGUCGGCCGCCGUGUCCGAAGUUUCCGUCGGUGGGACACGCAGCAAGCGAUCUUCCAAGCAGAACUCGCUCUACGACUCUCCCUCUGCCGCGGUCUCUGAGGUUUCCAUCGGAGGUACCAGGAGCAAGAAGGACAAGCGCAAGAGCGUAGACUAUUCUCUCGCGGAUGAUUAUGCGGACGACAAGCCAGGCGACCCGCCAGAUUCAGGCGGCCGUUCAUUCAUAGACGAUCGCGACGUCACCUCUGUCGUAUCUGACCCAGCCUCCAAGUACGAUCGCCACGAACGGCGAUCCAACGGGACCCGGUACGACGAUGGCGAUGAUACAAGGUCGAUUGCUUCAUUCGCGUCAGCGCCCGACGGCCGUAAACGGAGCAGCAAAGACGGCAAGCGCAAGGAGCCCGAGAAGAAGAGCAGCGGCUUCUUCGGCCUCUUCAACCGCAGCAGCACAGAGGUGAAUAAGAAAUCUGACAGUCGUAAAGACGAGCAGUCUUUUUUAGAUAAUGCCGGCACCCUUGGCGCGGGUGUCGGCUUGGCGGGCGCGGCGGCCUAUGUCGCGUCCCGCCGGAAUGCUGCCGGUGCUUUCUCUUCGGAGGACGUUGAUCCCAAAGACCGACCGACCGGGUCUACAUCCAGAGAUGUUGACUAUGUGGAUCCCGAGAUUGUUCACCGGACCAUCAAGCCUGCUAUCGAUCCCCAGUACGGCGAUCUGCUACCUCUGCCACCGAGCGAGCCCGGCUCGCCCAGGAAGGAUGAGUCUGAUGAAGAGCUCCCUGCGCUGCCAGAAAGCCGACCGGAGACGCCUCCCGAAGAGCGCAAUAAGUUGCGUCAAAAGCCGUCGCACACCCGCAGGAGGAGCGCUGUGGACGCGCCCAGCAAGAGCCCCAGUCGCACCGCCAUCCCUAUCCAAUUGCGAAUGGGCCAGCGGUCCAAUCCGUCUUCUCCGGCAUACCACAAGUCAUCGCCCGUAGCCUCUCCCAUUGCGACGCCCGUGCCUGAGCCUACUACACCCAGGAGACCAACUUCGUGGGACAACAGCCGUGAGAUCAAGCCACUCUAUCUUCUUGAGCAUGCGCGCCAGGGCCAGAUGGACCCUGAUGUCGACCUACCCGAGCUGCCGCCCAGCGAGGCAUCGUCGCGCGAAUCACCCUCGCCGUUCGCCCAAACCGAUGAUGAUCUCGCCGCGUGGGACGUGUUGUAUCCCGAGGAGCAUGGCCUGCGACUCGACACUGAUAUUCCCGAAGCUUUGCCUAAGGACCGCGCAGGAUCACAGGAGUCAACUCCCAAAGCUACAAGGCGCGGGCUCGAUGCCGAGACCAUCUAUCCUUUGGCUCUCGAUGAUGCGCCCCUCCCUUCUUCGCAAGCAAAAUCUCUUGACUCAAUGGUCUCUCAGGAUGAUCUCAUCGACCUUCCCCCUCUACCCAGCAACCCUAGCGGUCCGGAUUCCGAACAGGAACCAGGCCCUGUCGAGCCAAUGUCGAAAGACCGGAGCUCGUAUCUCCUUCACUCGACGCCCCCGUCUCUCCGCGACAUUGCUGAGCGGGACUGGUCGAGGAUGUCUCCUGACCAGUCACCGAGCCGAGAUGCCGCGGUGGGCCUUCAGGACGGUGAGAAGAAGAGGAGUUCUGGUCUCUGGGGUGCGGCUGCUGGCGUUGCCGCCGGCGGACUUGCCGCGCUGGGGCUUUUCGGUUCUUCUGACAAGAAGGGUGAAACCCCUGCGACAGAGGACGAUAGGAAGGACGAGACGGCCGAAGUCCAGGACGAGUGGGCCUCGACUCCGUCAAAGAAGAAGAAGGGCAAGAAGGGCAAGAAAGCAAAGGAGGAGAUCGCUGAAGAUGUGUCCACGCCUGUUCCUGAGGACCUUCCCACACCAGUCCCGGAGGUCCUUUCUGCUCCUGUCUCUGAGCCGGACACCGUCCCCGCGCAGUCUGCCGAUGACGUCGCUGAGACUAAGGCCUCGAAGAAAUCGAAGAAGAAGGGGAAGAAGAACGCAUCCUCGGAACCCGAACCCGAAAGCGCGGCUCCUCUUGAGAUCGUAGAGGAGACCCCCCGUGCUGUUCCGGAAGAGCUGCCCAAUUCUGAACCUCUUGUGGAAGACGUGGUUGCGAUCGACCCGUCGGACGCAAUUCCCGAGGCUGCCGCUCCGGCCACAGAAGACGUCCUCGACGAGCCCAAGUCUGCCAAGAAGAAGAAGAAGAAGGGCAAGAAGUCGCAAGCGCUUGACUCUGAGCUCCAAACGCCGACAGAAGUCGUGGAUGAGAGUGCGAGAGCCAUCUUGCACGACACCCCUGCAGCAGAGAUCCCCGCCGCUGAGACGAUUUCUGCUGAACCUCCUCUUGGAAACGCUGCCGUUGCCGAAGUUACGCCCGAAGCCGCCAUCACUGAAGCCAUCAUCCCAGUUGUCGAGGAACUUGUCGAAGAGCCAAAAUCUUCCAAGAAGAGCAAGAAAAAGUCGAAGAAGGCGCAGACACCAGAGCCGGAGCCCAUUGUCGAAACCGCAGUGGUUGAUGACGCUCCCGAGCCGACUCCAGAUGAAUCCCUCGCUGCUGAUCCUCUUGCUGCCAACGUCAUUCGCGACGCGGCCCCUCAGACUGCCGACGACACAUUGGAAGAACCCAAGUCCGCCAAGAAGGGUAAGAAGAAGGGCAAAAAGACGCACGGCUUGGAGCCUGAGUCAGAACAGCCCUUCGAAGACAACACCAAAGCCAUCUCCGAUGAGACCCCACUUGAUGAAUUUGUUGAGCCUACGGCUCAGCCUGUUCUCGAGACGCAGCCUGAGCCAAUGUCUACUGCGGAGAUUGCACCUGAUACUUUUGCUCCGCCGCCUGGGGACAGCUUCGAGGAGCCAAAGUCCACAAAGAAGAGCAAGAAGAAGGGCAAGAAAUCACAGUCCUCGUCAUGGGAUGUUGAUGAGCCGCAAGUCGCGGCCGCGGAGGAGACUUCCAAGGCUUUGCCCGACGAGCCCCUCGCCGAAAUUGUCGAGACACCCGACGAGCCAACUACCCCAGCGCCAGAAGACGCCCCCGAGGAAUCGAAGUCUUCCAAGAAGAGCAAGAAGAAAGGCAAAAAGGACCUAUCGCUGGAUGCUGACUUACCUGUUGAGCCGGUGGCGGAUAUUCCACAAGUCUCUUCCCAAUAUGUUAUUGCUGCUGAGCCUUCCACUGGCGAUGCCUUGACCGAGCCAUCUACACCCUUGGCUGGCGAUGCCCUCGACGACGAGACCAAGUCAUCCAAGAAAAGCAAAAAGAAGGGCAAGAAAAUGCCCGCUUGGGAUGAUGACUGGGCUGCCGACGCAGGGGAACAGAGUACCGAUCAAGCACCUGCGGAGGAGGUUUCUGCCGAGGCACCCAUUGCCACCGGUGUUGAACCCGAACUUCCUUCUGUUGAGGCUUUCGAAGACGCCCCCGCUCCGGCGAAGCUGUCAAAGAAGGACAAGAAAAAGGCUAAGAAGAACCAAGGUGCAGAUCUCGACUGGGCGGAAGCAACAGACGACUCUAUUGUCAAAGCCGAGGAACCCGUGGUUGAGGAUUCGAUCACCGCGGCUGCCUUGCCCGAGGUGUCUGUUGCUGAGCCCAUAGGGGAGCUCCCUGAACCUGCGAAGCUGUCUAAGAAGGACAAGAAGAAGGCCAAGAAGAACCAAUCUUGGGAAUCUGACUGGACAACGGACACGCCACAGGAGAGCACUGCGACGGCAGCCGAUGUUGAAGCUCCCGUGGCGCAGGUUGAGGGAGAGACCCUCGACCUUGGGUUUGAGACUCCACUUGACAGCACGACCGCAUUCGACGAGCCAGACGCUGGCUCGAAGAAGGGCAAGAAGAAGAAGAAGGGGAAGAAGGCAACCUCUCUGGAUGAGGAGGCCACUCCGACAGUCACUACCGAGCCCAUUCCUGAGGCCUUCCUCGCGGACGAGCCCGCCAUCCAAAUCCAAGGCGACAAUGUUUCUACCGGCUCGAUCACCCCCACGGGCCUCUCUGCAUCGUACAAGCAAGACGAGGCGAUGCUAGCUUGGGAGGAUGCCCUCGACGACCACUCUGCCAUCAAAUCGCCGCCCCAAGCCGCCCAAGGCCUCGGCAAUGAGCUACGACAAGCCGACGAUCCUGCCCCCGACGACGCUUCCGACAUUUUCUUUGACGCCGAGGACGAAGCGAGAGCGCUGUCCAGAGCUGCGACACCCGCCAACGCCGACUUCAAUGUCCAGGCCAUAUUGAACGAGACGACACCGGAGGCCAAGCCGCCUGCUCCGGACCCAUGGGCCGACGAAACAUUUUUUCUACCCCCAAAGAAGAGCAAGAUCAAGGGUAAGAAAAAGACGUCCCUCCGCGAGGCCGCCCCCCCAGCCGAGGCCGAGCCGAGUGCUUCCACCGAAGCGCCGCCUGUUGAAGACCCCCCUUUGGCCGCCUUUGGUAGCCAGCCACUGCCAGAGAGCCAGGCUGAUGCGGAUGCGCUUCAACAGAACCCUCGUUUUACGGAUGAGCCCCAACUUGGAGACGUGCCCGUUGCCACGGAUGAAACGACCAACGAAGGACAAUGGGGCUCCACGGCGAACACGAAGCAGAGCAAGAAGCAAAAGAAAAAGGGCAAGAAGGGAUCUGUUUCGGAGCUGGGCCAGGGCAACAACCAAGACGACGCCUCGCGGGAUCUUGCAUCUUCUAUCACUAUGGGCGGGGACGACAGCCCGCUUCCUGUACCUGAGUCACCAGUUGACCAUGUUGAAUUGACACCUACGGUUUCUACUGCAGACAAGACCAAGAAGAACAAGAAAAAGGCGCGCAAGUCGGUCACUUUUGACCUGGACACGAACAAGACUUCUGAUGCCGUCGGGCCGGUCGUGACAGGCGACCAAGAUGGCCAGGAUCAGGACAUGCUGUCCUCCAGCGGCGGCGGCGGCGGCGACGACGACAAUGUCAGCUCGGCCCCGGCCGUUGGCGGAAUUAGUGGCAUCGCCGAGGCGACCCUCCCCGAGACUAGUACCGAGUGGUCCGCGGGCGUGGGCGCCGAUUCUGGCUCAGCCGAUAACGGCGGUGAACAUGAGCGACAGCAGCGCGAGGUUUUGCCCCUGCACGCAAUAACAGAUGCAACAGGUGCAGCAGAUGCAGCGACAGCAACAGCGCCUGAAGCAGCUGCUGCUGACGAGGCCACCUCAGGCGGUGAGGCUGGCGCAGCGGGUAAAGAGCUCAGCUCCACGGACCAGGCCGCAGCCACUGAAAGGGCGGCGGACCUGGCGGGAGAUCUGGCCCCGUCCCGCCCCUUCGCAGACGACAAUUGUCUUCUUCAUGCAGAUGACGCGCUGCUGUCCGGGGAGGCAAGUGGCCCAACCUCCAAUGACGACAAAUCAACAGGGGACACGCGAGGCACGGAUGCCCAAACGGUGGAUCCAGCCCUCACCGACUCGACCCUGGAGGUUGGUGCCCCACAGGAGCUCCCGGGGCCGGUCUUGGCGCUCGACAAUACUACUCCCGACGAACCCCAGGUUGUGAGCUCUCGUGUUGCUCCCGAGGCAGAGGUCACUUUCGUGACAGAAAUUUCAGCUCCCCUUCCAGAAGGUGAUGACAUGGCCGUGCCGACGAUUGUGAAGCCCGACGACGAGUGGGCUGAGACGCCGUCCUCCAAGAAGAAGGCCAAGAAGGGCAAGAAGAAGGCGGCUGCUGCUUCUUCCGCCUGGGAUGAUGAGCCCGAAACUGCCCAGCAACAACCAGAAGAAGUCAAGAGCAUCGAUGACUUCUCAGUGUCAACAACACCUUCACAAGAUGAGCCUGUCUCGUUAUCACAACCCGCAGAGCCUGAGGGCCCGGCACUCGACGACCCUGUCACUGCUCCCACCCCAGCAGCUGAUGAUGAUGAGUGGGCUCUGCCAGCGUCCGGGAAGAAGGGCAAAAAGAACAAGAAGAAGAAGGGAUCCGCCAUAACCUCGGACGAGCCGGUGCCUGAGCCGGAGACACCAACACCAACGACUGAAGAACCGCUUGCGCUCGACCAAUCCUCACCACAGGUCGAGCCUCAACCCCCCACAGCGCCGGAACUCGCCGAGCCUCUCGAGAAAGUCGAACCUGCCCUCGCGGCUGAGGUUGCCGAGGAUGAGUGGGCGGCACCGACCUCUGGGAAGAAGGCGAAGAAGUCCAAGAAGAAGAAGGCACUCGCCGUGGAGGAGCCUGAGCCCGAGGCUGCAAUUGAGCCAGAGCUCGCUCCCCAACCCGAAGCUGAGCGCUCAGUCGAGGACACGCAAACCCCAGAUCCUCAAUUGGAAACUUCUCCAGACCAGAUCGAACGUGCACCUGUGCCAGAGGCUGCUGACGACGAAUGGGCGUCACAGCCUGUCGGGAAGAAGGGCAAGAAGAACAAGAAGAAGAAGGAAUCCGCAUCUGCCUCUGACGAACCUACCACUGAGCCUGCUGCUAGUGAAGUGGUUGACGACGUCCUCGCCAGCGAUUCGGCCGCGCCUGAAAAGACCGUCGACGAGCCUGCCGUAGAGAGCCCGUCGCCUGCGGCCGAAGCUAUCCCCACAUCGACUGGGCCAGCCUCUUCUGAGCCAGUAGAGGCUGCCGAGGAUGAGUGGAGCUCACAGCCUGCCGGUAAGAAGAGUAAAAAGGACAAGAAGAAGAAGAAGCAGUCGGGCCUCCAACCUGACGAUCCGGCGCCAGAGGCUGCUGCCGAGGCGCUCGAGGCCGCUCCAGCCGAUCCUCCCGUUGAGACCAAGCCAGUUCAGAUUGAAAUUUCCACCGAGGCCGAGCCGGCGAUCUCGCAGGAUGCCGAAGUCGCGCCGUCUGUUGAUGACUCUGCCUUUGAGACUUCGGGAUCUAAGAAGUCGAAGAAGAACAAGAAGAAGCAGAGUCUUCUCGCGGCCACGCUGGACGAAACCCCCGCACAGCCGACACAGACUGAUGAUGGCUGGGGCUUCGAAGUUCCCACAAAAAAGAGCAAGAAGGGCAAAAAGAAGCAAGCUGCAGCUCUCGAUGAUCUCGACAGCACUCCGCAGGAGGAUGUCAAGGUUGCUGACGCCGAACCCCCGAUGCUUGAUGAUGUCACUACCCCUGGUCCAGCUUCUGACGAGAUCCCCUUGGAUGAAUCAACAACUCCUCUAGAUACCCUCUCACGGGACCUGGACACAAGCGCCCCUUUGACGACCUCUUCAAACGAAACCAUUGAUGGGGUCACCGCGCCAGUUCCAGAAGAGGAGUUCCCAACGACCACGAAGAAGUCCAAGAAGGACAAGAAAAAGAAGAAGGGUCUCGUUGACGAAUCUGUACCAGAGCCAUCGCCUGUGCUGGACGAGCCGACUGUCAUGGAUAAAGCUGUGCCAACUCUCACGCCUCCGGAGGAUGACUCCUCUUCCGCGAGCAUCAGCAAGAAGGACAAGAAGAAGAAGAAGGGUCUUCUGGCUGCUGCUGCUCUUGCGGCUGCGGCCGCCUCUGGUGUUGAAGCCUCCUCGCCUUCCAACGACGAGGAAAGCUCCCGCCAAGCGCCCGCUGAGGUACUCGACAACUCCCAAGCGACGACAGAUGUGCCACCAGCGCUCGAAGAGGUUUCCACCCCAGUUUCCGAUGAGGCCCAGCCGACGGAUGGUCUCCCCGAAUCCUUGGACCAGACCGCUGUUGCCGAUUACGAGUUCCCUGUCGUCAGCAAAAAGUCUAAGAAGGACAAGAAAAUGAAAGGCAAGUCCGAGCCAGAGCCCGCGCUCGAACCGGAGGUCCAGGCCGAACCCGAGUCCACUCAGCCUGCCACACUGAGCUGGGCGGAUGACAUCCCUGCUGAGCCUCCACAAGAGCCUGAAGCUCAGCCAGAGCCUUCUGCGGUUGAGCCAGAGGAGGAGCCUGCUCCUGUUGUUGGCAAGAAGUCCAAGAAGGACAAGAAGAAGAAGGGCAAAGGCAACGCCGGCUCGGAGCCUGCAUCCGAGGUUGCGACGCCUGUCGAAGACCUCUCACGAUCUUUGGAGCUACCACCUGUUACCGAAGACCCGGCUGCUGUUGAGGCAUCGCCGGUUGUGGUAGCUGACGCGGCGCCUGCUGAUGAGUGGGCGGAGGAUACGUCCACGAAGAAGAAGUCCAAGAAAGACAAGAAGAAAAAGAAGGGCCUUCUUUCGGAUGACCUCGAAACCCCAUCUGAGUCUCCAGAUCCACUCGCCGCAUCAACAGAAACCGUCACCGAGCCUGCCGUUGAUCUUCCCGCCGCAGCGGAUGAUCUUGCCACUUCGAAGCCUGCUAUGAUCGAGACAUUCGCUACAGAAACGCCGGUUGCCGAGGCGCCUGUAGUUGAUGAUUGGGAAGAGCAAGUUUCCGUGUCUAAAAAGUCAAAGAAGAAGUCAAAGAAGAACAAGGCUUUGCUUCAGGACGAUUCAGCUCUGGAAUCUGGUGCUGCGACGCCCAUUGAAGAAGUCAGCCAGGAUACCAAGGCUCUCGACUUGGCUGCUACCGACGACAUUCCGCCCGAACCCACCCCCGUCGAGAUUCAAGAAGAACAGACCCUCACCCCCGACAAUUCCGCCCCCGCCCCCGAAGAGCCCGCCGUAGAUGAUGAGUGGGGCGCAGCGCCGACGAAGAAGUCGAAGAAGGACAAGAAGAAGAAGCGAGCGAGCCAGAUCGAGCCAGAAACCCCCCUCAGCGCCGAUCGAGUGGAAGACCAGGAGUUGCAGCAAAGUCCUCAGGUACGGGAUAGUAGCCAGGAAUCACCUCUCGAGACGGCAGGCGCGAGCCCGCCUGUUGAGGAGGUGUUGCCUGUGCCUGAUGUCGUCGCCGAGACGAGCGUUUCUCCCGUUGAGGAUGCCGUUGUCGAGACUGCUGCUGCUCCCGAGGCUGCGGACGAAUGGGCCGGAUUUUCGACCUCCAAGAAGGGCAAGAAGAAGAACAAGAAGGGCAAGGGUGUCAUUGAGCCUGAGCCUGAGCCUGAGCCUGAGCCUGAGCUUGAGGUCAUUGCCGAGCCCGCUUCCGAGCCUGUUGUCGCGCCAACUUCUGAGCCACUCGUUGAGACCGUUCCCCAAGUUGCCGAUCUUGCCGAUUAUGCGGUUCCCCCUGUGGAGGAUGUCAUGCCUGUGGAUCCUGCUGCCGAAGUUGUCGUGGAGCCUGUCGAUGAGUGGGCUGAGCCGGCAACGUCGAAGAAGAGCAAGAAGAACAAAAAGAAGGGGAAGGCUGUUACUGAGCCCGAACCCGAACUUACUCCGGAGACGAUUGCCGAGCCCGUCCACGAGCCCGUUCUUGAGCCUACCAUCGAUCCUGCCAUCGAGCCCACCGACCUUGUAAUUUCUGAUGUCCUGCCUACUCAGGACGCUGCGCCUGUGGCUUCCGAACAACCGGCCAUUGAUCCAGUUGACGAGUGGGCGGAGCCCGCGACGACAAAGAAGAGCAAGAAGAAUAAGAAGAAGGGCAAGGGCGCCGUUGAGGUCGAGCCUGAGCCUGAACCUGUUCUUCAGUCUGCCGCCGAGCUCGCACCUGAGCCUGUCGCCGAGCUCGCAACUGGGCCUGUCACCGAAUCUGUGUCUGUGCCGGUGGGCACCAUGGCUACAGAUGCACCUGCUGCUACCGAAGAACCAGUCGCUGAGACUUUUGAUGAAUGGGCCGAAGCCACCACGUCGAAGAAGGGCAAAAAGAACAAGAAGGCCAAGGGUGUUGCUGAGCCCGAGCCCAAGCUUGAGCCUGAGGCCCUCUCUGAGCCUACCCCUGAACCCGCCACCGAGUCUCCUGCUGAGCCAGUCGAUCUUGUGACCGCCGAUGUGCCUGUUCCUUCCGAGGAGCCCAUGACUGAGCCUGCUGAUGAAUGGGCUGAGCUUACGACAUCAAAGAAGGGCAAGAAGAACAAGAAGAAGGGCAAAGGCUUAAACGUUGAGUCCCCUCUUGAGCCCGCUGUCCAAUCUGUGACCGAAGCCGCCGUGGACCCUGUUACCGCGCCUGUCGUAGAGCCGGAAGCCGUGUCCGAGCCUGCUCCUGAGGUGCAAACGGCUGUUCAGACUGAGCUUGUUGCUCCUCUGGAUGACGGCUCCCGCAACCUCGAUACACCGCCAGCCGAACCGGGCUCACCAGCCGAGGAUCAGUCGUCUGCUGCCGUUGACGACUGGGCUGAUUUCUCUUCUUCCAAGAAAAGCAAGAAGAAUAAGAAAAAGACUAAGGCCACGGAUGAGCCCGCACCUGCUAUUGCGGAGGAGCUGCCCAGAGCGCAAGAUGAAAUUCGGGAAACCUUUAUGGAUGCCGCUGCCGACCCGAUCGUGGCGGCCGAGCCAACCCUUCUUCCCGAACAAGAACCUGUUGCUGAUGAGUUCGCCGAUCUUGGUUCGAAAAAGAGCAAGAAGAACAAGAAAAAGGCCAAGGGCAUUGUCUCAGUAGAGCCCGAGACAGCGGCAAAGCUCCAAUCGGAGCCCGCUCAGGACGUUGUCGAUUCGACUGCUAUCGAACCAUCUUCUACCCUUUCAGAUCCACCUACUGUACUUGAGGAGAUUCCCGUCAUUGAGUCGAGCACGCUUCUCGACCAAGAUGCGAUCGCUGCCGCGGAUGAGUGGGCUGACUUUGGCGUCAAGAAGAACAAGAAGGGCAAGAAGAGCAAGGGUGUCACUUUUGACGAUACCGAGCUCCCCCCUACGACCGACGUCACUGAGCCCUCUCGCAACACUGACUCCUCCGAGCCUGGUCUUCCAGAGGACGACGACUUGGCCGAAGCGACAGCCAUUCCUGAAGCCGAAGUUGAGCCCGUCAUUGAGGCUGAGGUGUCCGCGACUGCGAUUGGUGAGUGGGCUGAUUCCGGCUCCAAGAAGAGCAAGAAGAAGAAGAAGGGCAAGUCUGUUGCUUUCGACGAACCGGAGACCACUGUUGAAACCGCUGCCGAGCCUGUCGCCACCCAGGAUGAGCUUGUCCUUCCUUCGGACCCUGCUCCUAUCGAAACCCUAACCCUGCCGCAAGAGGUCGAAACAUCUACCGAACAAGCAUCUUCCGCACCUGUCGACGAAUGGAACGACUUUGGCAGCACCAAAAAGAGCAAGAAAAAGAAGAAGGGCAAGGGCAGUGUUCUUGACGAGCUCGAGCCUGCCACCAGUGCUCCUCUGGAAGCACCCUCGGAAGCUGCCAUUGUCACCCAAGUCGUUUCUGAUUCCGUUGAUCCGACUGUCGCCGGAGACGUCACUGCCGAGCCUUUUGCUGAUACUCCUGCCGACACGGAGGCUUCGACGCCCGUGGAUGACUGGGCUAGUGGCUUCAGCACUAAGAAAAGUAAGAAGGGCAAGAAGAAGACCAAGGGUUCUGCUUUCGAUGAACCCGAGCCGCUUGUCGAACCUGCUGCCGAGGAAACCCCCGACGUCAUCGUCGAGGCUCCGGUUGAGGUUGGCUCUGUUCCAGCUGCCGAGCCGGAGGUUGCCAACCCCGUUGAUGAAUGGGCUGAGAGCAGCAACAAGAAAAGCAAGAAGGACAAGAAGAAGAAGCGUCAAAGCACAGCUUGGGACGAUACUGAACCAAGCAUACCCGCUUCGACUGAGAGCCCUGCUCCUGAUGAAGAGCCAGUCAUUGUUGAUGCUCCUCGCAACCUUUCCAUUGAGGCGGACCAAAUCACGGCAUCCAAUGAUUUGCUUGCUGCUCAACCCCAGGAGGUACAGGAGCCUGUCCCUGCUUCCAGCGAAUCUAGUGUCGAAGAAAUUGCCGACAGGACCAUCGAGGAGGUUGUGCCUUCACAAGAAACCCCGCAGCCUGUCGAAGAGCCUGCAGAAGACCCCGUAAACUUCUCCUCUGUCAAGAAGUCCAAAAAGGACAAGAAGAAGAAGCGUGAUAGUCUCGCUCAGUUUGACGAAGAGCCGCAGCCCGUCCAAGGAGACGCCGUGCCCGCGCUUCAAGAAGAGCCUGUCUUUGAUACGGCAAUCGGCGAGGACCCAGCCGUCGUGCCCGAAGUUGUUGAAGAACCCUUCGCCGACUCGUUCUCCACUAAAAAGUCAAAGAAGGAGAAGAAGAAGGCCAAGAGGCAGUCUGUUCUGGUGGAUUCCGAGCCGGCCACCCCCGCUGAAAGCCCUAUUGUUAUCGAAGAGGCACCAACGACCUAUGCUGAGACCCCUAUCGUGGAGGAGCAGCAGGCUGACAUCGCGGAAACGCCCGCUGCUGCUGAGGCUGAGCCUUCCAUUGUUGCUGAAGAUGUCAAGCCCAUCGACCUCGAACUACCUGCAGUCGUCCCGGGGGCUGUCGAAGACAAACCAACCGAUCAGCCCCUCGACCCGGUCCAGACUGCUGACGAUGCUGAUUGGGGUACCUUUGCCGUCCCCAGCAAGAAGUCGAAGAAGGGCAAGAAAGGAAAGGCCUCCGCCGACACGUCCGAGCCUGUGUCACGAGCAUUGUCACCUUCUCGUGAACUGGACUCUGCCGUCACUUCUGCUGCGAUCGAAGGGCCUGAAGCUGUACCCGAAGCUGUGCCAGAGAUCGGUGAGCCUGCAUUUGAAGAACCUGCACCACAGCCCGAGCCUGUGGUUGAUGACGAGUGGGCCUUGCCUCCGAAGAAAAAGAAGGGCAAGAAGGGAAAAGCAGCCGCCGUCGUGGAUGCGGAUAAUCAAGAAACCAGCCUUCUAGUCAAGUCCCCUCCUCCUCUCGAGGAAGUACCAUCCACUACAUCCGAAGUUGUCGACAUCACUGAAGCGACCAAGCAGGCACCUGCACCAGUUGAACCAGUUCUUGCCGAGCCAUCGGGCGAACCUGAGCCCGUGGCUGAAGAUGAGUGGGCUCUGCCUUCAUCCAAGAAGAAGAAGAAGGGCAAGAAGGGUAAAGCUGCCGAGACGGACGUUUCUGAGCCUGCCGAUGUCACUGCAGUCGAUGUGGCUACAGUUGCAACUCCGACUGCAACUACGGAACCUGUUGUGGUUGAGCCUAUCGAGCCUAGUCGCGACAGCCCGGCACCUGUUGAAGUCAUUCCUGCCGAGCCAUCGGGCGAGCCGGAGCCCAUGGUCGAAGAUGAAUGGGCUGCCCCUUCAUCCAAGAAAAAGAAGAAGGGUAAGAAGGGCAAGAUGGCUGCAUUUGAGGACCCGGAGCCUCCUUCUCGUGCUCUGUCUCCCGUUCAGGACACUGCUGUUCCGCCAAUGCUUGAGGUUGAGCAAAUUGAAGCCGCCACCGAUGCAAUUGUUGACUCGCCCGCGGUGGUGCCCGAGCCUGUCGUCGAGGAUGAGUGGGCGCCGACGCCGAAGAAGAAGAAGGGCAAGAAAAACAAAGGCGCUGCCAGCUUUGACAGUCCCGAGCCCACUUCCCGCGCCAUGUCGCCUGUGCAAGACAUCAACCUGCCAGCUUCAUUCGAGACCGGCAUCCCUGUUGAUACCCCGGUGGCCGAACCUGAGCCUAUUGCCGACACCCCGAUGGCUGAUGUUGAGCCUAUCGUUGAAGAUGAAUGGACGCCGCCGACAUCCAAGAAGAAGAAGGGGAAGAAGGGAAAGGCUGCGGCCGUUUUCGACCUUUCGGAGCCUGUGUCUUGCGCCGUGUCCCCUACGCAUGUUGCGGAUCCCGACACUUUCAAGGAUGCCGAUGCUCAGGACGUGGAAACGAGCGCUCCGUUCGAGGCUCGUGCACCCAUCGACGAGACUCCCGCACAGGUUGAACCAGUUCCCACGGAGGACGAAUGGGCGCUUCCCGCAACGACCAAAAAGGGCAAGAAGGGCAAGAAGAACAAAGCUGCUGCCAUUCUUGCUGAGGCUGAACCUCAGCCAGAGCCCAUGUCGGCUGCCCCUGCAGACAACAUGCAAGUUGACGAUGCCAUGGCCGAGCCCACGCCCUUUGAGUCAGCUCCUGAUCAGUCCGAGCCCGCUGACGACACUUGGGACGCUACGCCCUCCAAGAAGUCGAAGAAGGACAAGAAGCGCGGCAAGGGCUUGUCAGCGUCCCGUGAGCUGUCGCCUGCCCGCGAGGCGGCCGUUCCCGAACGUACCGAGGAGCCUGUCUCUUCGCCGCCAGUCACACCCAAGGCAGAAGACAUAUGGGAUGCUCCCACUUCUUCGAAGAAGGGCAAGAAAGGCAAGAAGGCCAACAAGCGCAUGCCGGCUGGCUUUGAGGACCCGUCCACCAGUGGCAGCCAGACACCCACUGAAGCACCUCGACAGAGUCCAUCGUCGUCGUCCUACUGGGGCGAGCUUGGUGCGGCUGCGGUUGCCGGCGCCGCUGCCACUGCCACUGCCACUGCCGCUGUGGCCGCCCUCACUGGCAAAGAAGAAGGCGAGUCACGCGACGUCGAGCCGGUCAAAAGCUCUCGCGAUGUCGGCGAUUCGUACUUUGAGGGCGGUCUGGAUGCAGGCCCGGAGCCGGUCGAGGCGGCAGCUAACGACGACGACGACGACGACGGCUUUGGUUUCACUUCAGGAAUCACUGGCGAAGAGCAGUCGGGCUACUGGAACAACCAGGCAGCAGAGGAGAUGUUCGAUGUCUGGGAGGAGGCCCAGCCGGAGGCCACUCCCGCCAAGAGCCAAGUGGCAUCGUCUCCGGAUGCUGCCAGGGAGGAGACGCUCGGGACGACCAUGAGCGAGAUCGCCUCUCCUACUGCCAGCAAGGUCGGUACGCCCAAGUCUACUGUUGGCAAGAAGAAGAAGGGCAAGAGCAAGAAGUCCAAGUACGAAGACAAGAAGCCGGGUGGUGGUGAUGAUGACCCCUUUGACGACCCCAUUCUAUGGGAGGGAGCGGACAAGAAGCAUGUGAGUGAGAUUGCCAGCUUUGAGGUUGAGAAGUUUUGGGGCAGCGGCCCAGAGGCGUCGAAGGAUGUGCCUGCCGCGGGGGUAGACGAGAAGACAGCGGAGGACGGUGAGCGUUCACUGGAGACGGAUGACAAGCCGGUGGUGCAGGAAGCUGUACACGCGGCCAUGGUGGAGGAUCCUAUGGAGGGCGUAGCGAUUGCCCCGGUACCAGAUAUGAAGCAGAGUGAGCCGGUCAGCAUAUCAUCACGGGCACUGCAACUCAAGGAGGCGGACGACAAUGACUACAAUGCUGAGAGCCCUGUGCUCGGCCGCGGUCCCUCACACGACGAGGCACUCGCCAUGGCGAGAUCGGUGGCCAAGGACGAACCCCAGCCUUGGGCAUCGGAAUCGGUUCGACAGAGCGUCGAGACAGACAUUGACGAGGCUGUCGACCGGGGGUUUGAGGCGGAGCAGCGCAGAGACUUUUUGGAGGCCACGCCAACAGACACUUACAUGCCGGCUUUCGAGCCGACGACGGACUUCCGACGGUCGGUCUCGCGAGGCCUGCCGCCCGUGCAAGAAGAGACGUACGAUGAGGAGGAGACGGGCGAAGAGGGCGGGCGCGGGCGACAGAGCUUCACGGCAGCGACACCAGCAACGCCCGAGGUCAACCGAGACAGCGGCUUCAUGAGCGACUCUUCGCACCGGCGCUCUUUACGCAAGAGCAAGGUCGUCGUCGAGCAAGACAACCGAGACAGCGGCGUGCAUCUACGAGAGGAUGAAGACGGUUCACGCGAUGUGGCACGCAGCCCCGAGCCCGGCUGGUCGACGCCCAAGAACCGUAGCAUCACGGUCCCGGAGGAGAGCUCGUCCAGGAGCCUCCGACGGUCGCCGCUGUCCAAGGGCGAGCUGCGCGAGCGGAACCAUCCCAUGACCAAGACACCGGUGCUGCGCGAGCCCAGCCCACGCGAGGUCACGCCCGAGCCUUACAAGACGAGGCGUCACAAGUCACCAGAGCGUGGCAUCGGCGGCGGCGACGACAAGAGGUCCAGAUACCGCGACCUGAGCGCAGGCACGUCGGACGCAGGCGCAACUCUCUCGCGCGCGUCGGCCUUGACGCCGACAGGCACAGCAGUAGGUACAGCAGUAAGCCGACGAAGCGUCUCUGAUCAUGUGACGCGCAUUCAAUCACCGACGCUGGGACCGCUGGGACCGGAGAGCAGCAUGGUCAGCAGCUCUGUGGGUGGAGGGGCUCUGGCACGACGAUCAGCGUCCAACACCAGCCUCUCGCUUUCCGCGUCGCGUCACAGAACGCACACGCCCGAGCCGCUCAGGUUCCGGCCCGACAGUCCAGGCUCUGUCGUCUCUGCCUCUGCUUCUGCUUCUGCCUCAGGCAUCUUCCACAGCCGUCAGGCAUCGGCCACACCGCCCUUGAGGCGGGUGGACAAGCGUGUGAGUGGAGACCUCCGAUCUCUUCGCCAACGCAGCGAGCUCGAGCUCGACCUGGCUGCAGCAUCUCCCGGCGGUAGCGCCAGUGGGAGCCCGAGGAGCUCUGGCACAAGCACAAGCCCCGCUGCAGGUGGUACAGGUGGUGCUGGCGGUGCUGGUGGUGCUGGUGGUGCUGGUGGUGCUGGUGGUGCUGGCGCAGCUGUGCUCGCCGUCGCUGGUGUGGCCGCUGUUGCUGCUGCUGCUACUGCUGCUGGCGCUGUCUCGAGCUCUUCUUCCUCUCAGCCCAACAACAACAUCAACAACUCCACCGUCAAACCCAAACCUGACCACGACAAGACCAAGUCCAACAACACCCCUGUGGCCAACGAGGGCCGUGUCCGUUCCAAGGACAUGCCUGACGUCUAUAACCUAAAGUGA